AAAAGCUUACCGCCGAUAUAAACACACACCAACUCAUCUUUCUUAUUGCUUAUUUUUGACAAUUUUUGCACGGCACAGAAACAAAAAUAUCGUGAAAACUCGAAUUUCCCUGAAAAAAUAGGAAAAUAAAAAUGUGGCGAAGGUGCUUAGCAGGUGGAACAGUAGUUGUUGCAAGUAUAACUUUGUGGAAAAGCCAUGUCGUUGUUACAGAACCAAGGAGGAUGAAGCAAGAGAAUUCAAUCAAACUGACCUCCCGGGAAAAGAGAUUUAUAAAUUUUGCUUCAGUUGAAAUCGAUGGGCAGCUAUACAUGACACCACAGGACUUCCUGGACUCCGUGAUUGAGCAGGAACCACGUCCCAGGUUAAAGAGGAAGUUUCUGGGAUUGACAGAAAUAGGAUUCGUGAAGGAUGUAACUCCAUCCUUGAAUAAGGGAUCUUCCCAAUUGUUCAGGAAUCUCAGGGAUAAAGGCAUUGUUUCAUACACGGAAUAUCUAUUUCUGCUCUCCAUUUUAACAAAACCCCAUUCUGCGUUUCGGAUUGCAUUCAAUAUGUUCGAUACGGAUGGAAAUCAACGCGUUGAUAAACACGAAUUUCUUGUAAUUCGUGAACUUUUAGGUGGUUCCUUGAAAAAUAGGGAUUUUGAUGCAGAAACGAAAAAAACUAUGGAACGCAUUUUUAGCUAUGCUUGGCGGGAGAAGAGAGGCAUUGGGAGUGAUAAGGAACAAAAUGAAUAUAUGCUAACUAACGACGAGGGCUUGCAAAGGCGUCACAAGAUUGAUACAACUCUGCAAGUGCAUUUUUUCGGUCCUAAGGGUAACAAAGAUCUCCACUACGAAGGUUUCUACAAGUUCAUGGAUGAUCUCCAGACGGAAGUGCUGGAGUUGGAAUUCAAUGAAUUCUCAAAGGGAAAGCCUGCAAUCUCAGAGAUUGAUUUUGCCACAAUUCUCUUGAGAUAUACUUACUUGGAUGUUGAUGAUCAUGAUAAGUAUUUAGAUCGACUGUUAGAUCGUGUCGAGGAGAAAGGGAUUACUUUUAAGGAAUUCAGGGAUUUCUGCCAGUUCCUAAAUAAUCUCGAGGACUUUAGCAUUGCUAUGAGAAUGUACACUUUAGCCGAUCGUGCUAUAUCAAAAGACGAAUUUUCUCGAGCUGUUAAAAUCUGCACAGGAUUCACACUUACUCCGCACAUUAUAAAAACGGUUUUUGCCAUUUUUGACGAAGACGGAGAUGGUUUGUUGUCCUACAAAGAAUUUAUUGCAAUCAUGAAGGAUCGCCUUCAUCGAGGAUGCAAAUCUGCACAACGAACAGAAGGAUGGGAUGCUUUUAAACAAUGUUUGAAGAACGAAAUCAGACAAAGCCGUCUCUAAGUGCUCAAAUAUCCAAAAAAAAAAUUAUAAAAUGCAUUUCUUGCUUGAAUUUUUGAAAACCAGCAAAGACAACGUAAAAUCUAGUCUCUCUGAUCUUCCAUAUAUUUAAAAAAAAAUACCUCUUUUUCUUUGAGAAUAAUUUUAUUUAUCCUGAAAUCUUGUUAAAUACUUGUUACAUUUUAACCUGGCGUGUGUUUUCUCAUUAAAUAAAACUCUCAACAUCACAAA